AUGUCUUCUAAAUUGAGAAUUUUAGUACCUGUGAAAAGAGUUAUUGAUUUUGCCAUUAAACCAAGAAUCAACAAAACUGGUACUGGUAUAGAAACCAAGGGAGUUAAAUUCAGUAUUAAUCCAUUUUGUGAUAUUGCUUUAGAAGAAUCAUUAAGACUUCGAGAAAAUAAUCAAGAUUUAGUAGAAAAUAUUCAUGCGGUCUCAAUUGGUCCAUUAAAAUCUCAAGAUAUUUUACGUACUGCUUUAGCUAAAGGAGCAGAUAAUUCUACAUUAAUUGAAACAACUACUGAUAAUGAUGUUGAACCAUUACAAGUUGCUAAAUUAAUUAAAAAAAUUGUUGAAAAGGAGAAAUCUAAUUUAGUUAUUUUAGGGAAACAAUCAAUUGAUGAUGAUUUUAAUCAAACUGGACAAAUAUUAGCAGGAUUAUUGAAUUGGCCUCAAGCUACCAAUGCAUCAAAAAUUGAAAUUAACCCUGAUCAAAAUAAUGAAGUUUUUGUCACUAGAGAAAUUGAUGGUGGUGAAGAUAUUUUGAAAAGUAAAUUACCAAUGAUUAUAACUACUGAUUUAAGAUUAAAUGAACCAAGAUAUGCAUCAUUACAAAAUAUUAUGAAAGCUAAAAAGAAACCAUUAAAUAAAUUGAAACCACAAGAUUUAGGUAUUGAUAAAAUUGAAAAUAAAUUGGAAAUUUUGAAAAUUGAAGAACCUCCAAGUAGACAAGCAGGUGUUAAAGUUGAAAAUGUUGAUCAAUUAAUUGAAAAAUUAAAAGAAUUAAAAGCUAUCUAA